AUGAUUGCAGUAGCGUCCUGGUCGCUCGUUGGCGUGGCUGCGUUCGCGAGCACGGCGUCAGCUCCGAAGAGGGUGGGAGUGGUGAUUGCCAACGGAUUUGAGAUGCUCGAUGCGAUCGGCCCCUUCGAGGUCUUCAAGGAGAUCGAGAACACAUACUUUGCUCACGUGAACCUGGCGUCCCAGACCUGGAGUGACACCGCCUUGCAGCCUGGGAUCCAAUGCUCCGCGGACGGCGGACCUCCGUUGCACGUUGAGGUGGAGAUGGUCGCCGACUCGCUGACGCCCGUGACCUCCCUAAGCGGCGUGACCAUUACACCGACGUAUGAUCUGAAGGAAGAUCCGGAAGCAAAGCGCUACGAUCUCCUCGUGUUCGGCGCGCUGAGCUCCUCCAAGUACGAAGGCGCGCGCACCGAGUACAAAGACGGGCACACCCAGACGACGAAGGAUUAUCUCAAGGCGCACAACCGGCAGGGAAAGGAUGUGAUGACUGUCUGCAUCGGAGUGCAGGUGGUGGCGGAGCUCGGACUCCUGGACGGGAAAAAUGCAACCACAAACUCGCUCUUCCUGGACGACUUUCGGAACGGCUUUCCAAACGUCCGUUGGCUCUCCGCCGACGCCAGUUCUAAGAACCGCGUGGUUCAAUCGACAGAAGCCAUCACCACAUGUGCUGGCGUUUCGUCAGGCAUUGACGGCGCACUCGCCCAGGCCAAGAAGUGGUGCGGCCGCGACGCCGCUGAGGCUUUGAAGCAGUGCCUCGAGUGGCCGGUCCCAGUGCGUUCGCUUUGA